UCCACUACCAAAUGAAUUUGUACAUCACCGUAACCCUACGAUAGGGAAGCUCCUCCUUUCGCCACAGGUACCCGAGUCUCAUACUCCAAAACCCUAGAUCUAUCCUCCACCAUCUCGUCCUACGCUUCCCGCUUCUCGGAUCUCGUCUCCGGUCUCUCACUGAUUAGGGGGUUAGUAGUCGGGUGAAUAAGAAGAUGGUUUCGGACGCGAGCAAGAAGAAGGCGGCUCAGAAGAAGGCCGCUGCUGCUGCUAAGAGAGGCGGGAAGGCUGCAGCGUCUUCCAAGGCGGCGGCUGCCGCUGCGGCAUCCGACACGCAGAAUGGAGUUGAUAGCUUGUCUAAUGGUGUUGGAGCUAUGCAGAUAUCUGAUCGGACCUGCACCGGUGUCCUUUGUUCGCAUCCUCUAUCCAGAGAUAUUCGCAUAGAAUCCCUGUCGGUUACUUUCCAUGGGCAUGAUCUUAUUGUCGACUCUGAACUGGAGCUCAAUUAUGGUAGACGUUAUGGUUUGCUUGGGUUGAAUGGAUGUGGAAAGUCUACGCUUCUUACAGCAAUAGGGUGCCGAGAGCUCCCAAUUCCUGAUCACAUGGAUAUUUAUCAUCUCACCCGAGAAAUUGAAGCUACUGAUAUGUCUGCACUGGAAGCUGUCAUAAGCUGUGACGAGGAGAGAUUGAGGUUGGAGAAAGAAGCAGAAGCCUUGGCAUCGCAGGAUGAUGGAGGUGGGGAACAACUUGAACGGAUCUAUGAGCGUUUGGAAGCUAUAGAUGCUUCCACUGCAGAGAAACGUGCUGCUGAAAUUUUGUAUGGUCUUGGUUUCAACAAGAAGAUGCAGGCGAAGAAAACGAAAGAUUUUUCUGGUGGCUGGAGAAUGAGAAUUGCCUUAGCACGGGCACUUUUCAUUAAUCCAACAAUCUUGUUGCUCGAUGAGCCAACCAAUCAUUUAGAUUUAGAAGCUUGUGUCUGGUUGGAGGAGAUGCUGAAGAGAUUUGAUCGCAUCCUUGUAGUGGUGUCACACUCACAAGAUUUUUUGAAUGGUGUCUGUACAAAUAUCAUCCACAUGCAAAACAAAAAACUGAAGCUUUAUACUGGAAACUAUGAUCAGUAUGUUCAAACCCGUGCUGAACUAGAAGAGAAUCAAAUGAAACAGUACAAGUGGGAGCAGGAGCAGAUUGCUUCGAUGAAGGAGUACAUCGCUCGGUUUGGUCAUGGGUCAGCCAAACUAGCGCGUCAGGCCCAGAGCAAAGAGAAGACACUGGCCAAGAUGGAGAGAGGUGGGCUUACAGAGAAAGUGGUGAAAGACAAGGUUCUAGUAUUCCGAUUUGUUGAUGUCGGAAAACUUCCCCCACCAGUGUUGCAGUUUGUGGAAGUUACAUUUGGCUAUACUCCUGAUAAUCUCAUUUACAAGAAUCUUGAUUUCGGUGUGGAUUUGGACUCGAGGAUAGCCCUGGUGGGACCAAAUGGUGCUGGCAAGAGUACUUUGUUGAAAUUAAUGACAGGAGACUUGGCGCCCCUUGAUGGUAUGGUUCGACGCCAUAACCACCUCAGAAUUGCACAGUUCCAUCAGCACUUGGCUGAAAAACUUGAUUUGGAAAUGCCUGCCCUUCAAUACAUGAUCAAGGAGUACCCAGGGAAUGAAGAAGAAAGGAUGAGGGCUGCGAUUGGGAAAUUUGGUCUUUCUGGUAAAGCCCAGGUGAUGCCCAUGAAAAACUUGUCAGAUGGGCAAAGGAGCCGGGUGAUUUUUGCAUGGCUUGCAUACAGGCAGCCCCAUUUACUGCUCUUGGAUGAGCCAACUAACCAUUUAGAUAUUGAGACAAUUGACUCUCUUGCAGAAGCGCUAAACGAGUGGGAUGGAGGUAUGGUUCUGGUCAGCCAUGACUUCAGGUUGAUAAACCAGGUUGCCCAUGAGAUAUGGGUGUGCGAGAAUCAAACUGUAACUCGAUGGGAAGGUGACAUUAUGGACUUCAAAGAGCAUCUUAAAAACAAGGCUGGUUUAUCCGAUUAAGAUAAGGUUUUCAACACCGGAUGAGUCCUGAUCGGGAUUUGAGCUAAGUUUACUGUGGCUAUGUUGUUGUUUCUAAGUCACUCUGUUCCUUAUCCUCUCCUUGUUUUGUUUUAUUUUCUGGCAUUUAUUGUUUAGUUGCCGAAGUAAGGAAGACAUAAAACAUAUUUAUUUUUUUAAAGUUUAGUGGGUAACUAGCCUCUAUGGUUUUACGAGGUUAUGAUACAUGAUAGUGUAUUUGUCAUUAUCUGGUACUGCAAACUGAAUUUUAAUAUUCUAUCUUAUUUCCAUCAGAUCCAUUAUCAGA